AUGCUGGAUGAGCUGCGCCAAAAUAUUGCAGCUGACAUUGGCUUGUUCCGGGAGGAAAUCAGUGGAGUCUUGACAUGCUUGCAAAACACGGAGAUCAAAGCUGCCGCGCAUGAGACCCGACUAACAAAGGUAGAAUGGCAACUCACGACACUCCAGACAGCCCAGGCACAAACCCGGGAAAGCAUGGCAUCCCAGGAAGAUAGCCUGCCGGACACUAUAGAGUCUGCUGAAAUACCACAUCUGUUCUGCAGACUAUUUGGCACACUUUUCACUGCUAAACAAGCGAAAUUUACACAGCUGGAUGGCUGGUACAGGCUUAUUGGGCCAAACACACUUACCCCAGGUAAGGAAAGGGAUAUAAUCAAACGCUUCCAAUUGGGCCAAGACCGCAUGGCCUUCAUGGUAGCUACGCGCAACAAAUCUCCUCUGUACUUUGAGGGCCAUGACUUGACCUUUUACCCAGAGCUGUCCAGAGAGACAAUGGCGCAGAUUGCUAUGACCCCUGACCAAGGAACCACAACAUAUCCUACCGGUGGGGAAAUGCUUCAUCCACGUCAGUGUCAUGAACUCUCUCUAGCUCUGCAAUGA